UUUGCUGACAUUUUCACAAAACGUCACGAGGCUGUGAUAGAUUUUAUUAAAACAUAAGAUAAUAUUUGUUGUAGAUGUAUGAUAUAUUUUCAUAUAUUUUGUAUACUUAUCAGGUUAUCAAACACAAGUCUUAUAAUCCUAUAUUUUAUGAUUAACAUUAUUCACUCCAAUUUGAAGAGUUUUUCCGAAAUCUACAUGUACCUUAGCAUGCUUCAAAACAAGAGUUUUCACGAAAUUUAACAUAUACCUCCAUACAUAAACUCUUAUCACGAUGAAGCUGUGCUACUUAGAGAAUAUACUCCCAUUGAAACGAAGCAGACUUUUUACAGACGAAAAUGGGGAAAUUGUGAGAGUAAUGACAGAAAAAUCGCCAGCACAUUGCAUUCUGAAAAUCAAUUCAUUCUCUAUGUUUCAAGCUGUGAAUGGAACAGAAUUUAGCGUUGGGGGCUAUACAUGGGUGCUGUCUGUUAGUCUUUCUAAAGGGAACAAGAAAGAAAAAGGAGAUCACCUCUCAGUUUAUGUGACAUUGGUUGAUAAACUUGCACCUGGUAGCUUUGUCGAUGUGGUGCUUCGAUUUUUUGUUUAUGAUCAUCUAAGGGAUGCCUAUCUCUCAGUCUUAGAUGUAAGAGAGAAGCGAUACCAUGCUUUGAGAGAUAAAUGGGGAGUUCCUAAAUUUCUCCCGAUUUCCACAUUCAAAAAAAAGGAUUAUGGGUUUUUGGUUGAUGAUUGUUGUGUAUUUGGUGCCGAGGUUCUUGUCAUAAACAACCAGCAGGUUAAGAUAUCUACUAUGUCGAUUGUGGGAGAAAAUUGUGACAAAUAUACCUGGAGAAUUGAGAGCUUCCAAUCACUGAGUGAUCGGUUAUGUUCUCCAGAAAUUUGUUUUAAUGGCUGGUCAUGGAAAUUGGAUUUACGUCCAAAAGGGGACUCGUCUGUGAAGGGAGAAUACGUCUCAUUGUUUCUGCAUCUAGAAAAUAGCUCGAAACUAACUCAUGGUAACAAACUGUUUGUUAAAUAUAUUCUUCGCGUAAAAAAUCAACGCCAAGGACAAGACUGCCAAGAACUCGUUCAUCAAUGGUUUUCUGCAAGUGCGAAAAGCUGGGGGUUCAAAAGCUUUAUUUCUCUCAAAGUUCUAAAUGAUCCUUGGAAGGGCUACUUAGUAAACAAUACUAUAGUUAUUCAACUUCAUAUUCAGAAGAUGAUUUUGCUGAGAGAUGUCGAGUCUGAUGUCAACUAGAUAGGAGUAAGGAGAGCGUUAAGGAUGUCUAACAAGAAACAAUUCCGCGAUUUUCCUUGUUCUUCAUACCAUGAGAAAUGGUUCAUUAGUGUAAUUUGCAACAAUUGGUCUUGUAUGUACCCGGUAUACAAUAAAUUAUUGUAGACCUAAAAUUUGACACUUUCAAAUAAUAUAAUCACAUUGUGGAUGAUAUAAUCACUUUUUUA